AUGGAGGAACUCCGCAGUAAAUUAAGAAAGAGGUUUGAACCCAAGCCCAGGAAAGUGAGAUUUCGCAUCUCUUCUGCCUACAGUGGCCGUGUCCUGAAGCAGGUUUAUGAGGAUGGGUCAGAGUCAGAGGAACUAGAGGAUGAGGCUCCUCACAGGACUCUGAAGUCACAACUAAGUGAAAACUUCAGAAUGGGGCAAGCUGAAAUCCAGGAGAGCUGGCACCAAACUUCCCCUUCCACAACAUGCUUGAGGGCACAAAGAAUAAACGUUUUCAGAGAUGGAGACAGGUACAGCAUGACAAAUGGUCAGAAUCUAUUCACCAACCUGACAGCAACUCGCCCAUCAAACAUAUUGAAUUUUGGAAAAAUUAUUAUCUACACCAACAACCUCAGGAUCAUUAAGAAACCGUUAACUCAAAAAGAGGUCAUCAGCAAACUUCUCAAAACUCAGCUGACACCCGAGGAUGCAACAGAUCUGGAUGGAAAGGGAGGAGAUGAAGAAAAAAAUAAAAAGCAAAUAGUGACAGCUGAGGAGGAUGGAUCAGAGCCCGUGUGCCUCCACUGUGAUGGGGCAGGAUGUGUCCCCUGCUCUUUGUGCCACGGAAGCAAACUCUCAAUGUUUGCCAAUCGAUUCAAGGAGUCAUUCAGAGCUAUACGAUGCCCAGGGUGUGAUAAGAAUGGAGUGCAGCCUUGUCUGACCUGUGCACAAUGA